UUGGGAUACUUUCAAUCAGCAGAUAUAGGAACAAGCCUGCUCACUUAUCAAAGAAGCGUUGAGAUGAGUGAUGCAGAAGAGCAAGGAAAUGGCACUGUGCCUACUGGAAGUGAAGGAGAGAAUGCGGCUACAGAACAGACGAUUGUUUUAGUGACUGGCGGAUCUGGUCUCGUCGGGAAGGCCAUCCAAAGAGUCGUUGAAGAAGAAAUCCCUGAUGAUGAACAGUGGAUUUUCUGCAGUUCAAAGGAUGCUGAUCUAUGCAACUUGGAAGAGACCAGGGCCUUGUUUGAGAAGCAUAGACCAACACACGUGAUUCAUCUUGCUGCUAUGGUUGGAGGACUUUUCCACAAUCUCAGGAACAACCUUGAAUUUUUUAGGAAAAACAUGGCCAUGAACGACAAUGUUCUUCUUGCAUGCCAUGAGUUGGGAGUGAAGAAGGUAGUUUCCUGCCUCUCAACCUGUAUCUUCCCCGACAAGACUACUUAUCCGAUUAGUGAAACAAUGGUUCAUAAUGGACCCCCACAUCCAUCCAACUUUGGAUACAGCUAUGCAAAACGAAUGGUUGACGUCCUCAAUCAUGCCUACAAUGCUGAUCAUGGGAGGCUCUUCACAUCAGUGGUGCCUUGCAACGUUUUUGGUCCUCAUGACAACUUCAACAUCGAGAAUGGACAUGUUCUUCCUGGGCUCAUGCACAAGGUUUACCUGGCACAAAAAGAGGGGAAGCCUUUGGAAGUGUGGGGAACUGGUAACCCCUUGAGGCAAUUCAUCUACUCCUAUGAUCUGGCCCGACUCAUGGUCUGGGCCCUCAGAUCUUACACGGAAGUGGAACCUCUCAUCCUUGCAACGGACGAAGCAGACGAGAUCAGCAUCGGCAAGGCAGCCAUCCUGAUCGUGAACGCGUUUGGGUUUCGAGGCCACGUGGUGUUCGACACGUCACAGCCCGACGGCCAAUACAAGAAGACGGCCAGCAACGCGAAGUUGCGCAAGUACUUGCCGGACUUCAAAUUCACUCCAAUUGAGAGGGGGAUCCAAGAGACAGUGGACUGGUUUUUGCAUAAUUAUGAGCAGGCCAGGAAGUGAAAGUGCCAGAUUUCAAACCAUCAGGUGCAGGGACCGGUGUUAGGUUUGUCAUUGCUUGGAUAUAAGGGCAUAUACUCAUCUCAAAGCUGACCAGAUAUGCUGUUCCAUGAUUCUUUUUUUUUAUCAUUGAAGCUUGAUUUGCACCUCAAAUACCAAAAGCACUGCACUGCAGCAGUUGUGAUAUCAAAGAUGCUACAUUUGCGAGAAUAUGACUCAAAUACCACAUGUAAUACGCUAUGGCUUGUUCAUUAUCGAGCUGAUAUAUCGCUCCUAUUGUGAAAAAAUUUGAAGGGC